AUGCCACCUUCACGGAAGAAAUCACACCAAUUGGCUUGUAUUGUUGUAGAGAAGACGGUUAUCACAGAUACUCUCAAACAUAGAUUCGUCAUUGAAAAAGAAUUUGCACGCGGUGGUUUUGGACGAAUUUACUCCGGAAGACAAGAAGAUAGUAAAAAAUUUGGUAAAGCUGGUUCUCUCGCAAUCAAAAUUGAACCGCAUGCAAAUGGCCCACUUUUCACUGAAAUAACAGUCUUUCAGCGGAUCUUAACACCUCAGAAGCUUGAGAUUUGGAUGGAUAAAAAGAGAGUCAGCCAUAUCGGCUUACCUCCGUACGUGAGUAGCGGUUUAUUUACAUAUAAUGGCGAGAAGUUACGAUUUCUGAUUAUGCCACGUUAUGAAAAGUCUCUAGAAACGUAUCGUGUAGCAAAUGGUGGUAUUUUGGACAUGCAUUUGGUCUUGACUGUUGCGAAGCAGUGCGUCGAUUGUUUAUCAUACAUGCAAGACUACGACUAUGUACAUGCUGAUCUAAAAGCAGACAACAUUCUGUUGGCAUCAGCAAACGAAUAUUCCAGAUGUUUUUUGGUCGAUUUUGGACUUGCAAGGUUGGCCAAGGGCAAUGUCGACAAACCGGAUAAAAAAGAGCUUACUAUAUAUUUUACAGCCCAUAACGGAACUUUGUUGUUCACUUCACUGGAUGCUCAUCGUGGCUGUGCUCCCUCAUUUCGAGGCGACUUAGAAAUACUUGGAUACAAUAUACUGUAUUGGUUAUGUGGGACGUUACCUUGGCAAAAAUGUGAACAAAAACCAGAAGCAGUUAUGGUAGAAAAAGAAAAGUUCUCGAAGCAACUCGAUAAAAAUAUCAAGAUGCUUCUGCAAGAUGGAUAUGUACCUUUUCUGUGCAAGCUUUUUAAACUGGCUUAUGAGACGCCAUAUGUAAGCAAAGUGGAUUACGGGAGUGUUCAGCUGAUUUUAAAUCAGAUCAAGACUCUGCCGUCGUCGUCUAAAAGUUCGAAUUUAAGAAGCACCAAAGAGAAGGAAAGUGCAGAAACAUCGCUGAUUAGUGGAAAAAUGAAUGCCAAAAACAUUUCACCAUCAACGUCUCGUAAACGUGAAGGAAAUACAGGAGGUUUAGGUAGCAGCAUGUUGUCCGGCGAACCACCCUCUCCAAAGAGACGUAAAAGUGACCGAAUUGCUAACCAGCUAUCGAAAAAAGUGGACGAUCUUCCCAGAAUUAGCAAAGAGAAGUCUCCUGGAAUUGGUAACAACAAUAGCAACAAGAAAAAAGACAUUAAGAACGAACCCGAUGUCAUAUCUCAUAAAAAAGAUUUUAAGAAAUUAAAACCAAGGCCUCGAACUAGCUUGAAGUCGAUUGCUAAACAAAAUGCACCUUCAUCAUCGGCAUCACUCUUUUCUAGUAAAAAAGUGGAGGAUUCUCCUGGUAAGAAACUACGUAACGUGAUUCCGGGUCUUCAAAACAUGAAAAAUGUGCGACGGUCUUUGAAAGAUACGCUUGUAAAGAAAUAUAUCAAUGUUGCUAAUCAAGCUAAGAGGAAGCAAUAA